UUGAGUAAAACUCCAAUUUCAACCAAAAGAAACACAUGCGUUUUAUUUUUCCUCCUCUUCAAGUCUUUGGCCAAUACUGGGUUAUUAUGGGCAUCUUUUAUGGCUUUAUUCUGGUCAGAAGUUACCAUGAUUUUCUUCUCCAAUAUCCCCCCAAUAACCCAAAAAGAAAAAGAAAAAAGAAACCCCACUAUGCUGUAUUGCUGUAGUUGAAAGCUGACUGCCACACACACACAGAGAUAUGGAAAAGGAGAAAUUUAUAUCAGUAUAUCAUCUUAGUUGGAAACCCAACACAGCACUGGUUAUUUUCUUUUGAUGGAUAGCUUUCCGCCUUUGUUUCUGACACUAUUUCCUUUAUAAUAUAUUCUUUCUUUGUUAGGUAGGAAAAUUCAUCAAUUAAGAAAGUACCAUGAAUCGGGUUUGGUUGGUGUCCUUCCUUGUCUGCAUAAGUUCACUUUCACAUGGGGCUCCAAAUCCUGGUGUCAUAAAUGUUGGAGCUAUUUUCACAUUUAACACUAUCAAUGGGAAAGUUGCAAGGAUUGCCAUGAAGGCUGCAGAGGAUGAUAUUAAUUCUGAUCCCAGCAUUCUUGGAGGAUGGAAGUUUUCCACAACCAUGCAUGAUUCCAACUUUAGUGGAUUUCUGGGUAUCAUUGGUGCAUUACAGUUUAUGGAGACUGAUACUGUUGCUAUUCUUGGUCCACAAAAUGCUGUAAUGGCCCAUGUGCUAUCACAUCUCGCAAAUGAGCUCCAUGUCCCACUAUUGUCAUUUACAGCUCUAGAUCCCACCCUGUCACCUCUCCAAUAUCCCUACUUCGUUCAAACUGCUCCCAAUGACCUGUUUCAGAUGACUGCCAUCGCUGAGAUGGUUAGUUAUUAUGGUUGGGCUGAAGUAAUUGCAGUUUAUAGUGAUGAUGACCAGAGCAGAAAUGGUGUAACUGCAUUAGGUGAUAAACUUGCAGAGAGACGUUGCAGGAUUUCCUAUAAAGCAGCACUGCCGCCAGAUCCAACUGCAAACCGAAGUGAUGUUCAAGAUGAAUUAGUUAAGAUACUACGAAUGGAAUCUCGGGUAAUUGUCUUGCACACUUUCUCCAGAACCGGCCUCUUGGUUUUUGAUGUGGCUCAGAGUCUUGGGAUGAUGGAGAAAGGAUUUGUCUGGAUAGCUACCACAUGGCUGUCCACUGUUUUAGAUUCAAAUUCACCACUUCCUUCCAAGACUGCUAAUUCUAUUCAGGGAGUUAUCACAUUUCGCCCGCACACACCAGACUCAAAAAGAAAAAGGGAUUUUGAAUCACGGUGGAACAAGCUGAGCAAUGGUUCUAUUGGGCUGAAUCCAUAUGCUUUAUAUGCUUAUGAUACAGUCUGGAUGAUUGCUCAUGCUAUGAAAUUGUUUUUUGACCAGGGCAACACUAUUUCAUUUUCCAAUGAUUCAAAACUAAGUGGUUUAGGAGGUGGGACUUUGAAUCUUGGUGCAUUAAGCAUUUUUGAUGGUGGAAGCAAGUUGCUCAAAAACAUAUUGCUGACAAAUAUGACAGGUCUCACAGGACCUAUCCGGUUUAAUCCAGAUAGGUCUCUUUUGCAUCCUUCGUAUGAGAUAGUUAAUGUGAUUGAAACUGGUUAUCAGCAGAUUGGAUACUGGUCUAACUAUUCUGGGUUAUCUGUCGUGCCCCCAGAGACACUUUAUGGAAAACCAGCUAACCGUUCUAGUUCCAGCCAGCGUUUGUUCAGUGUUUUAUGGCCUGGAGGAGUAUCAGCUAGGCCUCGUGGAUGGGUUUUUCCAGACAAUGGAAGGCGAUUAAGAAUUGGAAUUCCAAAUCGGGUUAGUUAUCGGGAUUUUGUGUCAAAAAUAAAUGGUACUGAUGAAGUCCAAGGAUAUUGCAUAGAUGUAUUUCUUGCUGCCAUAAAACUUCUUCCUUAUGCAGUUCCAUAUAAGUUCAUUCCUUUCGGAGAUGGUCAUAAGAAUCCAAGCUACUCAGAGCUGGUAAACCGGAUAACAGUAGGUGUGUUUGAUGGUGUAAUUGGAGACAUUGCAAUUGUCACGAACCGAACGAGGGUUGUGGAUUUCACACAGCCAUAUAUAGAAUCAGGGCUAGUUGUGGUGGCUCCAGUCAAGAAAUUGAAUUCGAAUGAAUGGGCAUUCUUGCGCCCAUUUACUCCAUGGAUGUGGGCUGUUACAGCUAUUUUUUUCCUUCUUGUGGGAGCUGUUGUAUGGAUCCUUGAACAUAGAAUCAAUGAUGAGUUCCGGGGGCCACCUAGGAAGCAAGUUGUCACAAUUCUUUGGUUUAGCUUCUCAACCAUGUUUUUCGCUCAUAGAGAAAAUACAGUGAGCACACUAGGUCGUAUGGUUCUGAUCAUCUGGCUUUUUGUUGUGUUGAUAAUCAACUCGAGCUACACAGCAAGUCUCACAUCAAUCCUGACUGUCCAACAGUUAUCCUCGCCCAUUAAAGGAAUUGAUACCUUGGUAACUAGCAGUGAACAUAUCGGUUACCAAGUAGGGUCCUUUGCUGAAAACUAUCUGAAUGAGGAACUCAACAUAGCUAAAACCAGACUUGUUGCUCUCGGCUCACCAGAAGAAUACGCUAGUGCCCUUGCAAAUGGAACUGUUGCUGCUGUGGUUGAUGAACGACCUUAUGUGGACCUCUUCCUCUCCGAUCAUUGUCAGUUCUCAAUCAGGGGCCAAGAGUUUACCAAAAGUGGAUGGGGAUUUGCAUUUCCAAGAGAUUCUCCUUUAGCCAUGGAUAUCUCAACUGCCAUUCUCACUCUUUCUGAGACUGGUGAUCUCCAAAAAAUUCAUGAUAAGUGGCUGGCAAGAAAAGUCUGCAGUUCUCAGAUUUCCGACUCUGGGUCUGAACAGCUUCAGUUACAAAGCUUCUGGGGGCUUUUUCUCAUCUGUGGGAUUGCAUGUUUUCUUGCUCUCUUUAUCUACUUCUGCAUGAUGUUACGCCAGUUCAGCCGGCACGCCCCUGAAGAUUCUGAUCCUUCAAUUCGCAGCUCUCGUUCUAGACGUAUUCAAACGUUCUUAUCAUUUGUUGAUGAGAAAGCAGAUGAAUCAAAGAGCAAAUCGAAGAGAAAACGAGGGGAUGAGUCUAUUGGCUAUGGGAAGGAAGAUGACUCAGUUGAUGGAUCUGACAGAAUUCAGAGGGACAUUUCUCAAGAGAGGCAUAGUAGUAACUCUUGGCUUCACUAAAUAGGUAUUGUACAGCAGCCGCUUUAGCACCCUCUUAUUUGGUUGUGGUUAACAACAUAGUAACUAAAAUUCUCUUGCUUUGUUGAUGUAGCUGUAGUUGCUUCAAACUUACCCAAUUGUCUAUAGUCUACAAGCCAGUUUACUGUAUGUGAAAAUAGAAACAUAAAGGCAAAUAAAAAAUGUCCAGUCCAACUGUAACAACAUUCUCUCCUCCAUUAAUAUGAUGUAUAACCAGUCUGUAAUUUUCUCUAAAGAUUUUACUGGGUGGAACCUUUUUCUGUGA